AUGGCGGCUCCAAUUCAAUUACCGAAUUUGGAUGCGAUUCUUAAAUCGCUUGGAUCCUACGCUGGACGGGAUAAGGCAUUGAGAACCAUCUAUUUUAUGAUCCAACUACAUGCACAAAGGAGUUUAAAAGGAAAAGAAUGGAUGGCUAUUGCUAAACAAAUGUCGACCACUCGCAUGGUUCUCCGACAACUCAAUGGACCCACACAAUACAAAGCCCUUCAAGCACUACCCGGUUUAUCGAGAAUUCUUGACAAAUUUGAUUUCACCUGUGUGAGCACGGUGACCGUCGCCUAUUCGAUCUAUUGGGCUGUCGAGUUGAUAGCUUGGCUUUCGGAUUCAAAGGUUUUGCCAUAUGAUUCGGUGCGUUUAUUCCGAUACUGUCUCUACUUGUGGUUGGUGGCGAUUGUAGCUGGGUUUUUGAAACAGAUUCGAGAAGUUUAUCGAAAGCGACACACGAAAGGAUGGGAUGAUUUGGUGACUUUGCUUGGUUUAACAUGUGAGGGAAUCUCGGCGAUCAAUAUGUUACCCCAUAAAUUAUUGUGGGCCGGCAAAUUGCAACCGAAACACUCGGCUACUUUAUCUCUCAUUGCAUCGGCGAUCGGAUGGAGUUACUCGGUCUCCCAUCUCGUCCAUCCCAAUCAAAUGCAUAUUCUCGUCACAGGCGCCGCGGGAUUCAUCGGAAGUCACACCGUUCUCGAGCUUCUACAGGCCGGCUAUCAAGUCUAUUGCAUUGAUAAUUUCGCCAACUCAAUCUCAGAUGAAAGCGGCGAAGCGAUCUCGUUGAAGCGUGUCGCCGAAUUAACGGGAAAAUCGGUGCCUUUCGAAAAAGCCGAUGUCUGUGAUGUGGAUGCACUUGAUCGUAUCUUCUCGAAACACAAAUUUGACGGCCUCAUUCACCUUGCUGCUCUCAAAUCUGUCGGUGAAUCGUCAGCGAAACCAUUCGAGUACUACCAAAACAACAUUGUUGCCAGUUUGAAUCUUAUCCAGAUGUGCCAGAAGUAUAACGUGAAGAGCUUUGUCUUCUCUUCUUCUGCAACCGUUUAUGGGCCACCCUCGAAAUUGCCGAUUACAGAAAAUGAUCAAACCGGUGUUGGAAUCACGAAUCCUUAUGGACAAACGAAAUACAUGAUGGAGCAGAUUCUCAUUGACGUUGGCAAAGCACACAAGGAUUGGAACAUCAUCUUGUUGCGCUAUUUCAACCCUGUUGGUGCUCAUCCAUCUGGAAGAAUUGGAGAAGAUCCGCAAGGUGUUCCCAACAAUUUGAUGCCGUUUGUCUCACAGGUUGCAAUUGGACGUCUCCCGGUGGUGACGGUGUUUGGCACAAAAUGGAAUACUCCUGAUGGAACGGGUGUGAGAGACUACAUUCACAUCGUCGAUCUCGCGAAAGGGCAUGUCAUGGCUUUAGACAGGAUUAAGAGAGAAGGUCACGUUGGUACUGAGAUCUUCAAUUUGGGCACGGGACGAGGAUACUCGGUGCUCGAGAUGGUGGCCGCUUUGGAGAAAGCGAGUGGACGAAAGAUUCCUACGAAAGAGGGCGAACCGAGACCCGGAGAUAUUGCUUCAGUCUAUUGUGACCCGGCGUUGGCCAAAGAGAAAUUGGGAUGGACGGCUGAGUUCGGUUUGGAGGAGAUGUGUCGUGAUUUAUGGAACUGGCAGUCACAGAAUCCUAAAGAGAUCUUUUUACAGGUUAAUGGCCGCUCUAUGCACGCUGAAUGUCGGAAUACUCGGUCAUAUGCUGGAAAGACGACGUUGACAAGAGCAAUUGCGUCACUCUCAUCCACCAAUGCUUUCGAUAAACAUGCGGGAAAAGAAGGCCGACAUAACACAAUCGAUUUGGGAUUCUCAUCUUUGGUUGUUGACGGACGAAGAUUAGCGUUAAUCGAUUGUCCCGGACACGCUUCACUUAUUCGAUCGGUUCUUGCGGCUAGUACGGUAUUCGACAUGGCUCUUGUUGUGGUCGAUGCACAAAAAGGAAUUGAGCAACAAACAGCGGAACAUCUCUUGUUAGCGGCUCUAUUCUGUCCGAAACAUGUGCUCGUCGUGCUCAACAAAAUCGAUUUGAUAGAAGAAAACGAGAUAGAUCCGGCAAAGAAGAGGGUUCGAAAAGCGUUGAAAGCUAUCGGGAUUUCUGAAGAAACGCCGAUUAUUCCGUGCAGCGUGCUUCAACGACCUGAGGCAGCGUUAUCAUCGAUUACCAAUUCUCUCAAUUCACUUCUCUACGAGCCGACUCGAAACAUUUCAUCACCAUUCCUCAUGGCCAUCGAUCAUUGUUUUCCGAUCAAAGGCAAGGGUACAGUGCUGACAGGAACUGUACUCGAGGGAAUUGUCAAAAUCAAUACGGAGAUCGAGAUUCCGAUUCUGAAAGAGAAAUGUAAAGUGAAGGGAAUUCAAUCGUGGAAAGAAAGCGUUGACAAGGUGAGUGCCGGUGAACGAGGUGCUCUUUUGGUGUCAAAUCUCUCAUCGGAUUCCCUCGAUCGAGCACUCAUCUCUGCGCCGAAUACCCUUUCAUCUAUUCAAAAUCUCAUCGCUACGACGUCUUCGAUUACUUUCUUUAAAGAUACAAUACAAAGCGGUCGCAAGCUACACAUUUCAACGGGUUUUGAGACGUUAAUGGGUACAUGUCAGUUUCUGAGAAAAUUCGAGUCUGAAUACGAACGAUUGACGGAAAUCCAGCCGGAUUGCCUAGUUUUUCUACAAUUGGCGAAACCGAUCUACUCAAAAAUCGACUCGAUAUACGUUGCAUCAACACUUGAUCAUCAAGGAAAAGGCUGUAGAUUCCCAUUCCAUGGCCAAUUUCAACAAGUGAUCACUGACGAGAAAACGCUACGAAUAUUUACAAGGAAGCAAAGACAAGGGAUUGUGGAAAGAAUUGAAAAUGAUAGAUCGGUGAUUUGCAAAGAUCUGUUCAAGAAGGAAAGUAAAAUCGAAAUCUACGAAAGAAUGGAGAUCAUUUUGUCGACUGGAGAGAUUGGACGAAUCGAACAUUCUUUUGGGAAAGGCGGCAAGGCAAGGAUAUCGAUUAGAGAUGGUUUAAAACCCGAGACGAUAGAGAAAUUCGAGGCGAAAAACGGGGAAAUCGAGGUGAUUCUACACUUGAAGAAGUAUCUAGCCGAUCGAUCGAUUCGCGCGUAUUUACCUGAAAUGGCGACAUCGAUCAUUUCAAGGAUCGGCAUUUGCUGUUUCCAACAAAGAAGUUUCGCCGCGACUUUGUUACUCAAUUCACGAUGCACCAUCUCGACAAGUCGAAUAAAUCGAGCGAGCACGGCUGAUGAAGAAGAUGAUGGUUUACCGAAGGAUUACAAAUUGAAAAUAAUUAGGCCAGGUAGCCGUCGUCUCGACACUUUUGUGAACCGAACAUGUGGAAAAAGCAGCUCACAAGUUGAAAAGCUGAUCUUGACGGGGAAAGUGCGCGUCAACGAGGAAGCUGUUACGAAACGAGCGUACAAUAUUCAACAAGGCGAUGUGAUUGAUGUGUGGAAUCAGGAUUACCCGGAAAACAAAGAUUUGGCCGAGAUUGAUCGAGCUGAGGUGGUCGACUAUGAGGUGACGGCGAAUGGAUACGAUAUAAAGAUCAAACACUGGCGCAAAUUCCUGGUCGAAAAUUGGCGUGGUGGGAGUGGAAAA